UCAAGAGGGCAUGAGAGGUGGGUGUAGGGGUUAGUUGAAAUGCUGGCCUUAUCCUCAAUUCAUGACAAGAAAAGGUUGCAGCAGAAUCUUAAUGAGGAAGAAUCAAUGGAAAUGGUGACCCUUGCUUUUAAUAUACCAGUGAGCAUCAUGCAUUUUAUCUUUCAUAUUUUACUCGAAAUGAGCAUCAUGCAUUUUAUCUUUCAUAUUUUACUCGAAAUAAACAUUCUUAAUGUCUAUAAAGUUAGUUUGAUAGGGAUAUGUAAGAAUCUGUCCGAGUUUCUUCAUUUUAGUUUUUGUUUUCACAUUUUCCUUUCCCUCCUGGAAGGGGCGGAGAUUGUUGAUGUCCUACUAAGUUGUUCUGAUCCAUAUGUUUAAUUGGGACCAAUGAAUACAAAGGUGGAAAUGAAUAGGAUGAACUCUAAUCAAUCUCCACAUAAGCUGCAGACUUAUAUUUCACUGYCUUAUGCAAGUUGCUGCCAUGUCCAAUACGAAUUAAUGCACCUCCUCWAUGAUUUCUUAUUUUCCUACUUCUUUCGAGUAUGACGAAUCAGGGUUGACAUUGUUUUUAAAUUAGGAUGACAAAACUCUCUUAUUUCAAAGGCUCGAGACCUUCUCGAUCUAUGAUGAUUGUAUAAAAUUUUUAUUUGAUACUUUCACGCACCUUAUAAUAAAUGGAGUUAUAUUUCCAUGCCUUAUGCUCAAGAUUUCAUUACUGCUAGYUAUGAUAUUAUUGAUAUUCUUAAUGGCUGAUGCUAUCACCCCGAUUGGCCAAAUAAAAGUGCUUUCUGGUAAUAUUUUUUGUGUGAUGGAUCUUAUUCCAACCAUAAUAUGGUUUUACAUAGAUUGAAGGACGUGUCUUUAGAUUUACCAUUACCAUUCCACSUUAAGUGAUGCCAUAUGCAACUUUGUUGUGAAAAGGAGGGUCACUAUCAAGCAAAUCAUCGGUAAGGGCUGUUUUCAUUAUCCAAACAACUAUCUGAAGGAACUUGCACUUUUCUAUCCAUUUACUUGUGUCUUCCAAAUUGUUUUGAUUAAACAAUUCAAUCCACCACCCCUUCACCAGCCUUUAUAAAUACAUUCAUUUAUGCAAAGUCACCAUAUCCAAGCUUAAGCAAACGUACAAGCUUACCUUGUUCUUUCAGCUUCUUGUUUUCCGAUCCUCUAAAAGCCUUUGGCGUUUUCCCCCUCCAUCUUUUGUUAGUAUAACUAUAGCCAUUUCAUUUAUCUUUGAAUAUUUGGUUAUAAAAUCUUUUGGAAGGUAGAAGAGUGAUUGAAUUUAAUGGAUACAUUGAGAAACUUGGCAUCACAGAAAGCAGUAGUGAUUUUUUCCAAGAGCUCAUGCUACAUAUGUCAUAGCGUCCAGACACUUUUUUAUGAGCUUGGUGYGAGCCCUGCWAUUCAUGAGCUUGACCAUGAAGCAAAUGGGCGAGAAAUUGAUUGGGCUCUUAGAGGUCUAGGGUGCAACCCUUCUGUUCCAGCUGUGUUCAUAGGAGGAAAGUUUAUAGGUACAUCAAAAGAUGUUAUUUCUCUCCAUGUUAAUGGGGACCUGAAACAAAUGUUGAUAGAUGCGAAGGCCAUCUGGUUGUAAUGCUACAAAAAGCAAAACCUGAUGGCUCUUUCUUUGUUUCUUUUUGUUUUUUUUCCGCUUUUACUAUGUUGAAAAGGCUCGUACAAAAUGUUGUAAGAAGACUCUAAUAGUUAUGGAGUUUACUUACUGAACUGUAUAAUAUGAAGCCAUGCUUACCUGAGACAUCUAAAUGCUAGGAUAAGUUUUCCUAGAAUUCAGUAUUGCUUCCAGUUUUGUGCAUUACGAAGAAAAUAGAAAUAACAAUUAGACAUUAGAACCUACCACACUGUCUGAUAUGUAAGAUUUGCUUUUAUCUACCGAAGUAGAAUAAAUUAUUUAUUAGUUUUGUCCUAAAAAGUGAGUAAUAAGAUAUGACAUCAUCACAUGAGAGGUUUCUGUGUAUAAAACUGGUAGUUUUUGGUUUCAAGUCUACCAUUGAUUUAAAAUAUGAAGGUGCAUCAACGAGGAAUUAUGCACUUUAAAUGAAAAUCUCUUUUUGCAAAUUGAAUUUUCUUCUGUUUGGAGCUAUCAUGGGCAAUAAUAUGUACUUGUUGAUUGUUGUGCAUUUCAUGAUCUUCAUACUGCUGCCAGACUGAAGCUGCUUGUGCACAUCAUUGUUUAAUUAUUAGGCAAGGCCUUUUGAUAAAGACAUGCACAUAUGUAAUCACCAGGUGAAAAGCGAAUGUGCCAUGGAAUUGCAUUUUUAGAGCUAUCUCGUGGCAGUUAGGGAAAGAAAGAAACGACGGAGGUUUUCAAGAUUCUUUGUCUACGGAAGAUUUUUUGUGGAACAAUGUACAACACAUCUUUUUGGUGGUGUUUGAAC